UCCUGACAUCUUUUACACCGCUGAACGCAACCGUACGGUCUCCCGUGGAUUAUAUCACAGAGCCAGCGUUAUUCAAGAAAACCCCUAAUCUAUCACUGCUGCUCUGCCACCAGGCAAGGACAAUUCAACCUCUGUACGGUUACGUUCACAUCCUCCAGAGACCCCCGACCCAGCUCCUACAAACCAAACACCUAAAACUGAGCAGAGAUGGACGGCUACACGACGUGGUUUGUCCUGCUCCUGUGCAUCACUGCUGCAGCCUCUGCCUCGAGUCAGACAUGUGUUCCAAAGCAGGUUAAAGACAACCCAUGGGUCAAUGUGAGAGAGAUGCAAAUUGGCUGCUGGACCAGCUUCAUCACAGAGGACAAGGCAGAGGUCCACAUCCUUAAUCUGAAAUUUACCUCCCAGGUUGGGGGAAUGUUCGAUCUGAAGAUGACCAACGCCAAAGCAAUGAAUCUUAUCCUCACAUCUCAAGACACGGCCUAUGGGCUAUACAACAUCAGUGCAGAUGUCAACAUCUAUAUAAACAAUGCCUCCACGCUCACCCUUUUCCCUAGUCAGAAUCCCAGCAACGUCCACAUGGAAGACUUCCCCACACAAAGUAAGGAGGAGCUGGUCGCGUGGGCAAAGCACAAGUUUGGAGGCGUGACAUCAUUCACCACCAUCCAAAACCUGAAAUCGCUCACAGUGGCAGCGACGAAAGGAACCAAACCUGGCUCUCCUCUCUGUGUUCUAAACAAUGAAGACGUCUCAGAGAAGAACUUCAUCAGGAUCGAAACUGCACCUUUGGCUUCGUCCUUAAAAUCUUGCUUCCCGCAGCUAAGGACCCCCGCUGCUGAAGCUGAGCUCCACAUCAUCAACAUCCCAGAGGAUGUGGGCAUACGCAGCAAUGUAUCCCUUCGCAUUGACGCUAAGAAGACCAAGGUGUUUCUGAGAGGACCUCAGGGCACUACAUGGACCCUCCUCAACCCCCAGCACACCCAGUUUGGUUCCAACAACCAGAUCCUGCUCCCCUCCAUGACGCACAUCAUCCCACCUUUAUUUACCCUGAGCAGUGACGGUGCAGAAGAUGUGCAGGGGAAAGCACUGGAACACUUUAAAGCCACCACUUUCACCAGCUACACUGAACUCAGACCAGAGGAUUCUGUGGUUCUACUGGUUCUUGGGAAAAAGGACAAUGCAGCAGUUCCAGAAACAGUACCAGAAACAGUCACUCCAGGCACAACUAAUGCCCCUGCUCAGAUGCCUCUGAUGAUGCAGCUUUACGCCUCCCCAGACUACCGCUCCCCUCUCGACCCCAACACCAAGGUGCAGAGUGACAAGAGGAUUUAUGCAGAGAUUUCAGGGCACACGUUUGGAAGCAUUGUCCUGACCAUCAAGGUGAUCAGCUGCUUUGUGAGCUCUAAAGGCCAGUGUCCAGUAAAGAAGGAGCUGCCCUUCAUACCAGAGACGUGCUCCUUAGGCUCCUGUCCCAACAGCACCCGACUCAGCUUCUCCUUAGAUCAGCUGCAGGAGCUGGAGUCCACCACGUGGGACCUGGAGUGCUCCGUCAAACUCUGCCACAGUGAGAAAUGUGGAGAUGGAGGAAGAGUGAAGAGGAAUCUGGAGGUGACCCAGCCGUGUCUGCAACCACCGACCCCACCCUGCUUUGAUUUCGGCCUACCCGGUGUCCUGGGCAUUGCAUUUGGAGGCUUCCUGAUUGGAGUUUUGCUUAUUGGAGCACUGUGGUUCAUCAAAAUUAAAACAGGGUAUCCAACUGGACUGGACAUCAGCUCAACUGCAGUGAAUCUCCCUGGAUGUCCCUGCUCAGGAGCAAAGCGCCAACCCGUUUCUAACAACCCUUCCCCCUCUGAGAACAGCAGCGCCAACGCUAGCAUCGGAAGCACCCAAAGCACACCGACCAGCAGCAUGGCAUGAGAUCAUGUCCAUCUCCACAAGCAGCAGGUCCACCAUCUCCCUUCAAAGUCACCUAUAUGGGUUUUGUGCUUUAAUUUUCUUGAAUAAUGCUUAAAAAAAAAAGCAUUUCUCCCUCCAAUGCCCCUUUUCAAAUUCAUAUUAAAAAGAGCACAACCCACGUCUUCGACACACAAACGGCUGUGAUCUGGGAGAAUGUGAUGGUGAAAGAAGGGGGGUGCUGAGUUACGGAUAACAGCAGUCUGAUCAAUGGCUUCUGACGUUCACCUCCGUAGCCUCUCUGUAAAAUCAAGCUCCAACACAGGAAGUUAAAGAGGGCAAGAGAAAAAAGAAAUUGGCUCCCAAGCAACAGGAAAAACAAACCAUAUCCCCCCAAGAGCUAACAGGAAAUUCACUACAUUCCUUUCAAUGAAUUGUGCUUGUGUGAUGGCAGCACAAUAAUAGUCAGACAGGAGACAAACCAGUCAGAAGGCCGACUUUGAAAAACAGAUGAAAAGCUGUUUUGAAUUCACAUCUGAGCUACCAGAAUACGAUGGCCUAUUGUCGAGGUCAGUCUAAAAAGUUAUCAGCCAUGUCUCUGGGACUAAAAAGAUCAAACCAGAUGCUCUGAUCAAGGGGUGUUUGUCUUAAUUGGCGUUCGAGGUCAACAGUUUAACAGCUACCUCCUAUUUUUGUUAAGAAGUCCGGAGCUAAGUUUGUAGUUAGCUCUCGAUUUUUCUGGUGAAUUAAUCUUGUUUUCUGCCUUUUUGUCUGUUGUUACUUUAGGUAACUGUUCUAACUGACCAUCUGGGUCAUCUGUAGCUCACAAAACAAAGUGAUGGUGCCAUUUCAUGCUAUGCAAUAGUUGUACCCCCAGUGUUUAUUAAAAUAGACAGAAAUAUACUUGAUUUUCUGAAGAACCCGACAAAGCCGAUCCCAAGUCUCUUUUAUGCCUUAAAGGUAGCAUCAACCUAUAAAUGAUUCAAUCAUACUUGUGUUUGCCAAAUCAGAAAUACAGUCACAUGUGAGUAGAUACAUGCAGCACAACUCUGAACAUCAUUUUUUUCAAACCUAGGACUGAUACAGCUACACACCAGGGUGGAGAUUCCCCAAAAUAGUCUUUCUGGAGGUGAAAUUCCAGUACUUUUCCUUUUGCAUCAUGUCCAUUUUCUUCAGAUUCUUAAAUAAAGCCAUCAGUUUAAUGUACUGUGUCCAGAAACCACAUAAAAAGGACCUUUAUGUAUUGCAUUCAAGGGUUUAUAGGCCAGUAUAAUCACAACCCUGUACAUGUACUCGCUGCUGUAAAAGGUGUUAAAACCUCGACUUUGUCUUCAUUUGAGGAGAAAGUCUUGACAAGUCUUGACGGUCCCUUAUACUUGGUGUCUUUUCAUUCACAAUGUAGCAAGCCACUCGAGUUCUGAGAUGAAUGCAACAGAAGGAAAAUAAUCAUUAGAGUUCUUAUUGAUUUUACGGAUCACCAACACAGUCACAGCUUUUGCUUCAACAAAGAAGUUAUCCUUGAUCCCUGCUACACCGUGAAGAGUUGCUACCUCGAUGAGACCAAACUCCUAGAAACUUUUCCUCGGGGGGAUUUUUUUUUAGGUACCAAGAGCCUGAAAUAUUCCAUAAUGAAAUUCACAUUUAAUUAGUAGUUGUCACGCAGAAGGAAAUGAAAUCUGUGAGAUUAGCGGCAAAUGUUUGUUUUAAACAAAUGGGCUAGAAAAGCCAAUUUUCCAGUUGAAAACUGGCAGACUCAUACGUUUGGACUGUAAAUAGGUAAUUAUGAUAUAUCUAUAUACCUAACCCCCUUUUGUUGAACUUGUGAAUUUCCUUUAAAAGUCACCAGCUCAGAAAACAGUAAAUGUGGACCCUAUGACAUAACCAUUCUUCUAUACUCACAUGGCAGCCUUUUCCCUCUUGACGUCAUAACAAUUGAUUAUAUGUUCUCAAUUGAUCAGCAACUGAAAAGACAAUGGAAAGUCAAACUAAGGGGAAUCAUAGGGCCAUAUUUAUAUAGGAGUAAAUUCCUCGCUUACAUCACCAUAAGCUACAUCAGGGUUAGCACGUUAGCUUACCAAACAGGUAGAUUUUAGGAAUCUUAUCUUACAUUAGAGACAAGCUUAAAUCCAUCACAGUAUAAAGUAAUGUGAACUGGGAAGAAAGGCGUUUCCUUGUGGCUCAAGGAACUCUUUCCAACUGUAAUGUUAGCUAGAUAGUAGUAGAAUAGUAGAAUGCAAACAUUAGCUGUUGUACAAUGUACCUGGUUUGAAUUAAAAUACAUCCCAAUGUCAUUCUUGAUUUUCACUAUCCAUUCUGUUUUCAGUUGCUGAUCAGUCCAAAAGCAGUAAAAUAACAAAGAUUUAUCUGAUGCCCUGUUUUUUAAAUGACUUGCACUGCUGGAACACUGCCGGACAACAUUUUAGUAGCGUUUCUUCUUCCCACCCUGUGUGUGUGACAUCAGAGGAAAAUGUCCACCGUGUGAAUAUGCUUAAAAUGUAAAGGAAUAGUCAAUGUUACAGUCUAUGGUUUGCAUCAAUACGAGAGUCAAUCUGUUGUCGUCUAACAUCAUGAAGACUGUCAGAAAGUAACUACACAUUUUUCCCAGCUGUCACAUUUACGUUUAUCGUCUCAUUUAAAAUAACUGAGUUAAUUAA